AUGAGCAAGCAAUUACGCAUCCUAGUCCCUGUAAAGAGGGUGAUUGAUUAUGCCAUCAAGCCAAGAAUUAACAAGGCUGGCACCGGUGUGGAAAAAGCGGGCGUCAAAUUCAGUAUGAACCCUUUUGACGACAUUGCCGUGGAAGAAGCUGUACGUAUCAAGGAAAAGCACAAGAACCUUGUGGAAAAGAUUCAUGCGGUCUCCAUUGGUCCUGCCAAGGCUCAAGAUAUUCUAAGAACUGCAUUGGCAAAAGGCGCGGACACAUGCACCUUGGUAGACGCUAAGGAAGCGGAAUUGGAGCCACUAGCUGUCGCAAAGAUACUGAAGAAAGUUGUUGAAAAGCAGAAUGCAAAUUUGGUGAUUCUGGGUAAGCAAAGUAUUGACGAUGAUUGCAACAACACGGGCCAAAUGUUGGCUGGUCUUUUGAAAUGGCCUCAAGCGACGAAUGCGGCGAAAGUGGUUAUUGACGAGGCCAACUUGAGGGCCACUGUAACCAGGGAGAUCGACGGUGGUGAGGAGACAAUCAGUGCUCCACUUCCUAUGGUGAUUACUACCGAUCUACGUCUAAACAGUCCUCGUUACGCAACUUUGCCAAACUUGAUGAAGGCUAAGAAGAAGCCCAUGGAGAAGCUCACCUUGUCAGACUUUAGCGACGUUGACACUGCGCCAAGACUCGAGGUAGUCAAGGUUGAAGAACCACCAGCUAGAUCUGCGGGUAUCAAGGUUGCGUCUGUGGAUGAGUUGAUUGCAAAGCUAAAGGAUGCCAAGGCCAUCUAG